GCAUGCGACGCUGCUUUUGACGUUCACAUAUGAGUUUUUUCGAUUCCUUCUACUCGGAAAAGGCCAGGAAGUGAUAUUUCCUAGUGCGCCGCUUAAUCUACGCACAAGUGAUCGAGGAUGAGCCGGAAGGUGAUAAUCGUGACACGAGCCGUUCGACUAAUCGGUAUUUCGAUUUUGAGUACGUAGUAUUCGGCCUGUUAAGAGAGGCGCACACGAGGUCCCGCUAUUGGCCAGUUUAGAAAACGACGAUGGCUCCGUGAGGAGAGGAGAACAUGGCUGCGACGCAAGCCGAGAGCCAACAAAACGAUGUGAAGCUGAACGAGUCCGUGAAAUGCGCACAGAAGCGUACGCAAGUCGGUGGGAAUAGUGCGAGUGCUAGUGCAAAGCAGCAGCUGGAUUCGGAGCCAGAGGAUAAAGUGUCUCGGGGCGCGGCCCAGCUGCUUAAAUAUGUGAAUCGCGGCGGGGACACGACGGGUUACGAGAUGAGUCAAUAUCGUGAGGACAUUGGCGGACACACUGCUGCCGGUGAAGUGAAAUCGCCGCGCGAGGCCGGCCAGGCGUCCCAGGAGCCUGUUGGCAAGCAGGAGGCGCACGACGCGCCCGGUCACCCGGGUCAUCCGGGCCAUCCGUUCGCGCCAAAUGUGAUACGCGGUGGUGACUACGCGGACGAAUACAGUAACAACAAAUCCGCCGAGUUUGCCACGAGCAAGUCGCUCACUGAUUAUCCGCCCGGUAAACAGCUACCGGACUAUGUCGCUAAACACGCCGAUUUUUCCGGCAAGCAGCUCGAUUAUCAUGGUAAACACUUGAUGCACGAGAGCGAGCGAACGCACCGGGCUCAAGCUGAGAUGGAUGAGCAUUACUCCACCUCCAAGAUCGAGUCGCGUCUCGCAUACGUUGGUGCUGCUCCCGGUAAUUUUUCCGGCCAACCAAGGUUUCUCUCCGGACAGAGUAUAUCACAGGCUACUGGUCCAACACCUACGUUGAACCAAUUACUCCAAGCAACCACACCAGCUCACCGUUUUCAUGGCAAUUAUCCCGAGUAUCAACAGCCUUGGCCUAUGCAGAGGCCACCGCCAGUUGUACCUCCUGUUUAUCCGCAACCUAGCCAGCGCCCUCCACAGACGGGUUCACCGAGAUUACAUACAGGCCCAGGAGGACAGAGUUCUCCAACACCUAUGCAAUAUCAACAAUAUACCCAACGAUAUUCCUCUCCUUCGAGACCUCAUGCACCAUAUAGUCAUCAUCAGCUAAACUCUUAUACAUCACAAACCAGCCAUCCCUCCAGUUUAUAUACUGAACAAAGAGGAUGGAACCAAGGUGGUCAACCAAAUCCACCUCCGCCGCCGAGUAAUCAGGUCACACCAUCGGGUCAAUCACCACAGCGUGCUUUGUCUCAAUCCCCAGCUCCACCACCUGCUGCAUCACCUCAACCUCAGGCUACCAGUCAAUCUCAGGCUUUCCACAAUUUGCAGCAGCGAGCUACAACACCAAAUACUCAAGGAAUUGACUCUGGGGAAUUAUCAGGACAGAAUAGUAAUGACAGUUCGAAUGGACCAGCUUGCCCAGGAACACCAAAUUCUCAGGGGAUGAGACCUACCCCGUCACCUACAGGAUCCACAGGUUCUCGCUCGAUGUCCCCUGCUGUUGGCACACAAAACGUUCAGAUGCCUCCACGUCCGUCAAGUAGUCAAUCGGAUAGUAGUGGGCCAGCACCACGCAUGAGUCAUUCUCCUAUGACCACUCAAGGAGCAUACCAACAACCAUUAGGUUCUUCAGCACACAUACACAGCUACAAGAUCAACAGCACCGGUCCUGGUAUAGUGCAACCAGGACCUGGUUCGGCAGCUCUUGGUGGGAUUCCAAGUCCAAUGGGUGGUGGAAUGGGUUAUGCUGGUGGAACGGCUGCGGGCCAGCCAGGAGGUUAUCACGCGCAGUCCACGUAUCCUCCGCGUCCUCAUAUGCAAUUUUCCCAGGGAUAUCCAACACCUGCAAAUUCACAACCACCACCCAAUAAUCAGUAUCAACCUCCUAACAGACCUAAUAAUUUGGUACAAUAUCCACCGUACACGCAUAAGAUGGGCUUUAACAAUGUACCACCAGGGAUGCCACCGAGCCCGGGACCGCCUCAAGUUUACGGUGCUGGUGCUACGAGUGCAAUGGUGCCACCUGGUGCUCCGGGAGUGCCAGUUAUUGGCAAUAUGGGACCGCCAGCGAGUUCUAUGGGUCCACCACCACCGUCUCCUAAUCAUAUAAGCAACCAACCACCGCCGCCUACUAGCUCGGCGGUGCCGCAUUUACCGCAUACUCCAGCUGCCACUCCGCCACUUAAUCACGAGGGCAGCCCAAUGCCACCGCCGAGUACCACACCGAACUCGCAUCCUGCAUCAGCACCGACUCCGACCAGCCACAAUUCCGCGGAUCUUGCAGCGGAGACUUCCAACGAUAGCGGUAUAACCACAACCGCUUCAGGUACGUCAGCUAUAAAUGUCAUAUCUACUUCGAGUGGUACUGUGACGUCUGUAAUAACAACAGGUCCGGAUGGUACGUCUUUGGAUGAAGGCUCGCAACAGUCAACAUUGUCGAACGCAUCAGCUGCCUCUGGUGAAGAUGCAGCAUUUACGCCGAAAGUGCGGAAGGAAAUGUUGACGUAUCAUAGCCAUCCCGCGACACCACAAAGUACAGUACCGUCUCCCGGUGCUGCUAGCAUUAAUUCGAUUCAUGAGGAAUAUUCUGACAUGAAUAGUCCUGGUUGGCCGCGUACUCCUGCUAGUCCUGUGUUUAACAGUCAUGUGCCUCAAGACCCAUACAGAUCUAAGAAGCCAGAUAGUCUGGCAAAGUUAUACGAAAUGGAUGAUUCAAUGGAACGAAGAACCUGGUUGGACAAGCUUGUCAACUUUAUGGAAGAACGAAGAACACCGAUCACCAGUUGUCCUACCAUCUCCAAGAACCCCCUCGAUCUAUUUCGACUAUAUCUCUACGUGAAGGAGAGGGGGGGCUUCAUGGAGGUAUGCAAGGUGACGAAAAACAAAACAUGGAAGGAUAUAGCAGGUCUGCUGGGUAUCGGUGCGAGCAGCAGCGCCGCUUAUACUUUGCGCAAACAUUAUACAAAACAUCUUCUGCCGUAUGAAUGUCAUUUUGACCGCGGUGGUGUGGAUCCACAACCUAUCAUCAAUCAAGUUGAAGCUGGCUCAAAGAAAAAGGGAUCUAAAGGAACUGCUUCCGUACCAUCGCCGGGUUCUUCCAACUCUCAAGAUUCUUUUCCCGCUGCUGGAUCGAGCAACGCUUCUAUGGACGGUUACGGAAGCUAUCAGAGCAGUUACGCAGGUGGUACUCCUGGUGGUGGUCCAUCAUCAGAAUACACACCGCCACCACCUAGACCACCGAGCCAAAGUAGCGCGCCUUCUGCUCAUCAGGGAAUACAGCAAGGCAGUUACCAGAACACAGGUUCCUAUCAAAAUUACCCACAAGAUCAGUAUAUUCGGCCACAGGGAAAUGCAUUAUCUCAGCAAGGAGAAUUCAAUCAACCGUACUCUCCUAGAUCGCAUUAUCCUCCAUAUGUACCAGAUGUUGACAGGGGAUAUCCAGGUGGUAACAUACCGCCCAGUAAUACUACCGGACAAGAUAUAUACAACAGAUAUAGUAGCGGUCAGCAAGGUCCUGCUAACUAUCCCACGGGAACACCUCCCGCGCGGAGUAACAGUUAUCCGUCAGGACCUCAAACACAUCCGGCUACCGUGCAACAACAAACAACGACCAGCCAACCUUCUUCGCCAUCGCAACCGCCAGCAGCUUCCUCAUACUCUUGUCCGCAAGAUUACUAUCGACAAGAACAAAGUGCAUAUGGAGCUCCUGGUGGAACUCAAAUAUAUACUGGGAGCGGAUCGGGUAACAAAAAUAUGCCUCCGCCUCCUCCGGGACCCAGCCAACCUAGACGUCACCCAGACUUUACCAAAGACCAACAAUAUCCCCAGUAUAAUCAGCAACGACCAGCGUAUCCAGGAUGGCCAAAUACAACUAAUCAGUACAAUAGUAAUAGUGGAAAUAACAGAGUUCAGUAUCCAAGUCAGCAGACGCAAUCGCCGUCGCAACAGCAGCAGCAACAGCAGCAGCAACAACAACAGCAGCAACAGCAGCAGCAACAACAACAGCAGCAGCAACAACAACAGCAACAACAACAACAACAACAACAACAACAAGCGGCUCAAGUUGGCUCUUCUGCUCCGGCAGCUCCAGCGGUUGGCAGUAUGACAAGUAGUCAACAGUGGGGCAGUCAACAGUCGAACAGAUCUUCAUCUCAACCGUCUCUGAACGCUAUAGCACACGCUCCUCCACCGUGGGAUCAUCGCUACACGAAUCAACCGUCCCCUUUGUAUCCAACACCUGGAAGUCAUCAGAAUCAACUUGGAGUUAAUCCUAUGAUUAGCCAGCAACCAACAUCAAAGAGAGAAAUGACAUUUCCUCCUGAUAGCAUAGAAGCGGUUACGCCUCUUUUGUACAAGCGACGAAAAUUGACGCGCAGUGAUGUAGCGCCAGUUGAAGCUUGGCGCAUUAUGAUGGCUCUGCGAUCAGGUCUGCUCGCCGAAAGCUGCUGGGCUCUGGAUAUUUUAAACAUUUUGUUAUUUGAUGACUCUUCUGUAAGUUAUUUCGGAUUACAACACUUACCCGGAUUAUUGGAUGUUCUGUUGGAACAUUUUUCGCGUUCCCUCUCCGACAUGUUUGAAUCAUGUGUGAACGAUGACGAUCGUUAUUGCCAAGCGGCGGACGGUCCAGAAGUGGAUCUCGGUGCAGUGACACGACCAAUCGAUUCGGAAGAUCGGACGAAAUUAUUGUCAACGUCGAAUUACACGUAUCUUUCGAGGAGAGGUCGUCCCGUUAAGAUCGUUCCCCGAGAUGAUGAUCUCUUUGUUCUGGAUACUCGAAGGCCUUGGGAUCAUCAGGAAUGUGAGCCGGAGACCGAGCCGUGGCAAGUCGACGUGAACGCAACUAAAUAUAUCGUAACGUGUUUUCAGUCUGAGGUGGGUUCGGUGCCUUUCGCCCGUUUGCUAAGAGACGAAAAGCCGCCAUUGCUGCAGAAGGAAGUUGACAGCACGGAUGUAAAAGAAGAAAUUAAAGCGGAUAACGUAGGUAGUGUCCACGAGACAUUAGACUUAACUCACAAAUCCGGUGAGUUGAGUGACAAACAGUCCGGCAAGGAGAGCAACGAACGCAAGCAGCAACAACAGAUGGACAAAAAAAAGAAAACAAAGACUCUGAGUGAUGUACUGUCGAGGAUCAAAAAAGAACCCGUAGAAAUGAACGAUCUCACAAGAGAGCUGUUCGAAAAGAAGAAUGACGGUUUUAAGAAGGACUGCGACAACGAGAUAACAAAGGCGAAUAACAAUAUGGGCGAACACUUCGGCAGCGAGGUGUCGAAGAACGACGAGGACUCGCCGCUACCGACGCAGAAUGGACUGAACGAGUCGGUCGCAGCAGCUGCCUCAGCGGGCAACAAUAGCGUAGAAAAGAUCGAGAUCAAGACGGAAACAACUGAAGAACACGAGCUGAGAGACGAGAAGGAGGGACCAAGAUUAAAGAUAAGAGAUCCAGCGGGAACGCUGAAGCGACGGAGGAUAAGUGACUACGAAGACGAGAGCUAUUCGAGGGACGAAGCAAGUCUUUACUUGGUCACGGAGACACAAGACAACCUGGCACGCCGUUGCGUAUGCCUGUCAACGAUUCUAAGAAAUCUUACAUUUAUUCCCGGCAAUGAGGCAGAGUUUGCGAAGAACGUCACGUUUCUCAGUUUGCUCGGCAAGCUGCUAUUGCUGCACCACGAGCACCCGGUACGGGCGCAGAAGACACGCAAUUACGAUCGCGAGGAAGACGCAGAUUUUGCAGAUUCGUGCAGUAGUUUACAGGGAGAGAGCGAAUGGUGGUGGGACUUCCUGCAUCACGUAAGGGAGAAUGUACUCGUGAUGGCUGCCAAUAUAUCUGGCCAUAUGGAUCUGAGCCAGCAUCCGGAGGAGAUCUCGCGACCCGUGCUCGACGGUCUCCUGCACUGGGCCGUAUGUCCGGCCGCUCACGGCCAAGAUCCCUUUCCGACCGUCGGACCGAACUCCUCUCUCUCACCGCAGAGACUUGCGCUCGAAGCGUUGUGCAAGUUAUGCGUGACCGAGUGUAACGUUGACCUGGUGGUCGCUACACCGCCCUACUCUCGACUACAGAGACUAUGUUCCGUACUGACUAGGCUUCUUUGCCGCAGUGAAGAGCAGGUGCUGCGCGAGUUCGGCGUGAAUCUGCUGCACUUUCUCUCGGCCGCGGAUAGCGGCGUCGCGCGCACCAUCGCUCUGCAAACGCCGUGCGUCGCGCUAUUAGUUGCGUUCAUCGAACAGGCAGAGUCGAGCGCUCUCGGUGUCGCAAAUCAGCAUGGUAUCGCAGCCCUGCGCGAUAAUCCCGAGUCGAUGGGCACUAGCCUCGAUAUGUUGCGACGCGCGGCUGGGACUCUGCUCAACCUCGCCAGGCAUCCGGAUAACCGAACUCUUCUCUUGCAACACGAGUCCCGUCUACUUGCUUUGGUGAUGAGUCAAAUUUUAGAUCAGCAAGUCGCCGCGAUAGUCGCACGUGUGUUGUUCCAGUGUUCCAGAGGCACGUAACUCUCUAUUGUAUCGUCUGUUGAGACACUAUACUAUUCGUGCGAAUAUGUUAAUGUAGUGCCGACGACGAUAACUACAUGCGGCGGCGACUAUGACGACCAAUGACGAUGACGAUGACGAUGACGAUGACGAUGACGAUGACAAUGACAAUGACAAUGACGAAAUAAGCAAAGUACGAUGAUUACGUUGUGAUUGGUAAUAUAUCGUGUAAGAACGCUUGGUCGCGAGUGUAUUCAAGGCAGAAGAAGAGACGAAAACAGGAGAUAAUGAGAGAGAGAGAGAGAGAGAGAGAGAAAGAAAGAAAGAAAGAAAGAAAGAGAAAGAGAAACGAGGAAGAAACGAAGAGACGCGCGCGACGCGCGAUAGCGCGCGCAUGAGUGAAGGAACAAAAGUGCUGAUGAAAGCCAUGGCAGCGCAAUUGUAGUUUUAUAUCGAUUAAACACAAAUAUAUAUAUAUAUAUAAGAAAGUUUAAUUAUCGGUGUUAGCGUGUAGGUAUGCCCGAUGCGAUCUUCGCCCAUUGGUAUACCUUCCCCUUCGUGAAUUGGAAUAAUAUCGAUAGUGUAAGAUAUUUCAUAGUUAAUGAAGAAAAAAGAUACACGUAGAAAAAUCACGUACACAAAUCUACAUACACACACACAGGCACACAAUCUUAUAUCUACAAAGAUAUAUUAUUACACUUAAUCCACAUAUACACAUACAUUAAGAUGCAUGCAACGCAUCUGACAGAAACAUACACAUUCACACGCAUACGUACACACGCAGCAUUGAAGAAUGGACUUCGAAAAAAUAACGGUCUCUCGGCUGCACAUAAUACACGCGCGCGCGCGCGCACACACACACACACACACUCACACCCACACACACACAUACACAUAUAUAUAUAUAUACCAAGAAGUAUGUCGGCGAACCUUAAUGGUGCGAUGUAAAACGAUAUAUCGAAUGAUGAUUAUAAAUAUAACGAUAAUAUAAUGCAAAUUUUUAUAUUUGCAUGUUUUGUGCUGUAAUUAGCGAGUAAUUAAGAUAUUUUGUAGAUAACACACACACUUCCAUUGAAUCUUAUUCGAUUUUUGUGCUACGGCUAUGUACGAUGGCGCAAAUAUAUGUUUGCGAGCCGUAAGUCUCGACUUUAGAAGCACAGGCAGAACUAGAACUGAAGAAAGACAUUGCUAGAAGAGAAAAAAAUACGUUGUGUGAUAAAGCUGUUGAUCAAGAGGAAAAAGGAAUAGAAAGAGCGAAAGAAGAAAAAGCGGGAGGGAGAAAGGAAAGGGAGAGAAAGUGAAAGAG